UAAUCGCAGCACAAUUUGCAAAGAGGGUAUAAUCUAACAAUUAAAAUCAUAGCUAUCGCAUGUUCUUUUUUUCAAUCAUAUAUAAAGACGUGUAAACGUCAAUAAUUGCAAUAGUAACAACAUGUCAACGUUUAUUAUAUUGACAGUUUUGAUGAUUUCAUUAGAAGUGAGCUCUGGUCUGACUUCAAUUCCUUCACGCAUAGUUAAUGGCACCGACGCUGAAAUUGAAGAAUUUCCAUACGCUGUUUCACUUCGGAGCUCUUGGCAAGGUUCUCACCGAUGUGGAGGAUCGAUUUUGAAUCCUUUAUGGGUACUUACGGCCGCCCAUUGUGUUCAGUUUAUAACACCACAAAGAAUCAAUAUUCAAUAUGGAGUAACCAAUAUCAAUGGAAGCGGGCCGAAUGUGGUGAAUGUUUCGAAAAUUAUCAUUCAUCCGAGAUAUUUUCCAGUAAAUCUAUACCAAAACGACAUUGCAAUCUUGAGGCUUGUAGAACCUAUUAAGCUUGGUGAAUUCGUUCAAACUGUAAGACUGCCGAAAAUGCUUCAACAAACGGAAGGCAACACUUCAGCCACUUUGAUCGGAUGGGGACUGGAUAAGUCUGGUGGUAAAAUUCAAACACAUUUACAAAAAGUCGAAUUGAAAGUGUUUUCAAAAAAAGAAUGCAGUGAACGUCAUCAUGAAUUGAUACAUAAGACAAAUAUUUGUGCUGGAGUUGAAGAAGGCGGCAAGGGACAAUGCAGUGGUGAUUCAGGAGGUCCACUUAUUGUGAAUAACACACAAGUCGGUAUAGUUUCAUGGAGCAGAAAACCGUGCACAAUUGCUCCUUAUCCAGGUGUGUUCACGGAAGUUUCCAAUUAUAUCGAAUGGAUCAGAAACACCAUAGAAGAUGACUUGAACACUUCAGAUUGGAAUUGAAACGACUUUGAUGUCAACAAAAAGGAGAGUUUCAAAUUGGUUAAAAAACUCUGAUUACUUUUUACAAAUUUAAAAUAUUAUAUAUAAAUAUUGAAUAAAAUAUGAAAUGCAUGGAUGAGAAAAUACGGUCACGGGAAUUAAACUUUAUUUUUU